AUGGGCCGGAACCUGCAACAUGUUCCGUUAUACAGUCACUUUUCGAAGCCUUUCGAAGAAUUUCCAGAUAUUCCACCUAUGAUCUCGGCUCUGGACGGAAGUGCUUUGUACGAGGAUGGCUGGUCUAGCCUUGUGAGAUAUCUCAUUGCAGUCAACGAUGUCGCAAACUUGCAUCGCUACGUUAAAGCCCAUGGCACCCGUUUCUUCGGUCCUACAGUGGUGGUGCACGAGUUUGAUCCUGACCGAUGGGACCCUUUCGAGAUAGCUGCAAAAAAAGGCAGCAUCGAUGCGCUUCGCGCGCUUCAGGAAAUUUAUCAAUCCGACACCAGCCAAACUGAGUCAAUUGAAGCUCGACUGAGACGUAAGAAGAUUGAACUGCUGAACAUCGCGUGCUUCUAUGCCCGGUUCGACAUGGCGGACUUUCUUCUGAGCUGCGGUCCACCCUUGGGUGCACAGCUGAACGAUCACGAUUCCACCGGCUCGCCUCUUUUGUCCGCGAUAGAAGCGCUCGGAACCGGAGGCAACCGCAGGGGGAGUGAAGUUGAUAAUACCGAGAUUGAAGUCUUCGUCUAUCGGCUUUUGGACAGAGGUGCUUCAGUUCCUCAGGCUAAUAGUUAUUGUUCCAACAACGAUCGACCUGAUCAUCCAGACUUACAGGCGACUGUGCUUGGAUCUGCCGCUCCCUUUGGAAGCUACGAACUAGCCUCUCGCCUCAUUACCGAUGGAGCCGAUAUUCAUGCCCAGCAGAUAUGGCAUGAGCUAUGGGGAGGCGACGUUCAUUCAGUUACCGCGUUGCACAUAGCUAGCGGGUUCUGGAAUCUGGAGUUUCUCAAAGCACUUAUUAAAUACUACAGCGACGGUCAACUCGCUGAGGCAGUUACUAUAGCUGAUAGUAAAGGACAGCUGCCACUCCACUGGGCGCUGCUUGGCCUUGAUUCCUCUGGCCGACGACCGGGGCAGCAAACGAUCUCCGAGGGGCUCGAGAUCGUGAGGCUCUUACUGGAAGCCAACCCAGAUACUAUAAAUACCGAGGGCAAGAGUGGAGCGGCCUUCAAUUUUGCUAUGAGUGGCAGGAUUGCUGGUGCUGAAAAGCUAGCUCUUGUGCAGCUUCUUCUCGACACUAAUCCACGUCCAACCACUUUAAAUGCGCGAGAUCAGUCGGGUGCGACGGCUUUACUUCGCUUGAUGGCAUUCUAUGAGGGCUCUGGCUCAAGUCAACAUACGUAUUUCGUGCCACUGGUUAAUCUUCUCCUUUCGCGUGGAGCCGAGAGGAGUCUCUAUGAUGAUAAAAAUCAGACCGUACUACAUAAGCUAGGGUCUAGUGCUGCAUAUAACGAGGAUAUUCCCUCUCAUUUAUUGGAAAUGCUGAUUCCAUUUGUCGACAUCAACCAGGCAGAUAUCAACGGUUGGACAGCACUACAUUUCAUGGCGCGAAACUUGCGGCAAGUCAAUGCAUCUCGCUUGCUAGUCAAUCGAGGCGCAGAUGCCAGUGCAGUCAACAACAAGGGAAACACGCCUCUUCAUGAAGUAAUGACAGGAAGGCUUGUUAGGAAGGAAAGAGAAGACGGGUCACUUGAAUGGCCGACCCUUUCGGAGAAAAUCCAGGCACACGACGAGAUCAUUUCGAUUUUACAAGAUGCCGGUGCGUCGAUGGAUCAGCCAAAUGUGACGGGCAGGACACCGGCACAACUACUAGUGGAGAAACGCGCCAAGUGGGACAAAGGUGGUGAGUAG